AUGACUUGGUUUCUGUGUCUGUGUGUGUUCUUGGUCGUGGGGCUGACUUUGUUAGCUCUGCAGCUGAAGCUCAGGACGCCCACACGUGGCCCCCAGGAGCCCCCACACCUCCCAGCACUGCCCCUGAUUGGCAGCCUGCUGAGUCUGCGGAGCCCACACCCUCCUCAUGUGCUCUUCCAAAAGCUGCAGGAGAAAUACGGACAGACGUAUUCUCUGAUGAUGGGCUCCCACCGUGUCAUCAUCGUCAACCAGCACCUACACGCCAAAGAGGUCCUGCUGAAGAAGGGGAAGAUAUUUGCAGGGAGACCCAGAUCUGUAACCACUGAUGUUCUGACUAGAGAUGGCAAAGACAUCGCGUUUGGAGACUACAGCCCCACCUGGAGAUUCCACAGGAAAAUAGUGCAUGGAGCUCUGUGCAUGUUUGGAGAGGGCUCUGCUUCCAUUGAGAGGAUCAUCUAUGCAGAGGCCCAGUCUCUGUGCUCCAUCCUGUGUGAGGCAGCAGCUGCAGGACUGGCCCUAGAUCUGGCUCCUGAGCUGACCCGCUCUGUCACCAAUGUCAUCUGCGCCCUCUGCUUCAACUCCUCCUACCAGCGAGGAGACAAAGAGUUCGAGGCUAUGCUGAGCUACAGCCAGGGCAUCGUGGACACCGUGGCAAAGGACAGCCUGGUCGACAUCUUUCCAUGGUUGCAGAUUUUUCCUAAUGCAGACCUGCGUCUUCUAAAGCAGUGUGUUUCCAUCCGAGACAAACUCCUACAGAAGAAAUAUGACGAACACAAGGCAGACUACAGCGACCAUGUGCAGAGAGACCUGCUGGACGCUCUGCUGAGGGCCAAACGCAGCGCAGAGAACAACAACACAGCAGAGAUCGGAGCAGAGUCUGUGGGCCUCGGUGACGACCACCUCCUCAUGACUGUGGGAGACAUCUUUGGAGCCGGCGUGGAGACCACCACCACAGUGCUCAAAUGGGCCGUCAUCUACCUCAUCCAUUACCCACAGGUGCAGAGGCAUAUUCAGGAGGAGCUGGACAGUAAGGUGGGGGGGGACCGGAGCCCCCAGCUCAGCGACAGAGGUAGUUUGCCCUACCUGGAGGCUACCAUCAGGGAGGUGUUACGGAUCCGCCCUGUGGCCCCUCUGCUCAUCCCCCACGUGGCCCUCAGUGACACCAGCAUCGGGGAUUUCACAGUGAGGAAAGGAACUCGAGUCAUCAUCAACCUGUGGUCUCUGCACCAUGAUGAGAAGGAAUGGAAAAACCCCAAGCUCUUUGACCCCGGUCGCUUCUUAAACAAUGAAGGCACAGCUGUGAUCAUCCCGUCAUCCAGCUACCUGCCAUUCGGUGCCGGGGUCAGGGUGUGUCUGGGCGAGGCCCUGGCAAAAAUGGAGCUCUUCCUCUUCCUGUCGUGGAUCUUGCAGCGCUUCACCCUCUCAGUCCCAGCAGGACACUCUCUGCCCAGCCUGGAGGGCAAGUUCGGUGUGGUCCUCCAGCCGGCCAAGUACAAGGUGCAUGCCGUGCCCCACCACACCGACAUGCCGCGCUCCUUCUUAGUCAAGAACCAUCACAGCGCCAAGAGAGCAAACUAUGGCAGACUCCAGCCCCUCACUCAGGAGGCUCCCUGCAGCAUCCAUGAAGACUCUCUGACGCACAAUGCCAUCUCCCCUCACCACCAUUGUCCAGGCCCCCGGCUGCAGCAGAGAGCUCCCCCCUCCCGUCCUCUCUCUCUCAGAGCAGAGCGACUUCAUCUUCCGUCUUCUCGAAACACCUCCCCUCGAUCUGUUUCGGGCGACUCUCCAGAGAUUUACACUAGAAGCCCUGCGGAUGCCUGCAAACCUGCCGAGUCCUGUACAACAGUGAACCUGGAAAUCCAGUGCGUCACAGGAGAGCACAGGAGGAGAGAUGCACUCUUCCCCUCAUCCCUCCCUCUCCUCACCCUCUUCCCAGCCAUCCCUCUUGGUGGCAGCAGCCAGGAGAGUUUUGAGUGUUUGGACUGUCAUAAAGAGUACUUGAGCUUCUCGGGCUUGGCCAAACACAAGCAGCUCCAGUGUGAGUGGAGCAGUAAGAAGUACUUCAGCUGUAAGUACUGUGAGAAGGAGUAUGUCAGCCUGGGAGCACUCAAGAUGCACAUCAGGACACACACACUGCCCUGUGUGUGUAAACUCUGCGGCAAGGCUUUCUCCAGACCCUGGCUGCUUCAGGGACAUAUACGAACACACACAGGAGAGAAACCAUUCUCGUGCCUCCACUGUAGCAGAGCUUUCGCUGACAGAUCCAACCUGCGAGCUCACCUCCAAACCCACUCUGAAGUGAAAAAAUACCAGUGUGCCGGCUGCUUCAAGACCUUCUCCAGGAUCUCACUGUUAGCCAAGCACCAAGAAGCUGGCUGCCCCCUAUCCUGACAGAGACCGCCCGUCAACCUGCACUGACCAGUGCUCUCAGUGCCCCAUGUUACUGGUUGUUAGCCACCGUGCUUGGUGCUUUGAGGUGGAAUUACACUUGUGUGUCCCAUCGUUGAUGUCUCCAGUAUAGGUUUUUAAUUUUUGGUUAGGUGUCAUUAUCACCACCACAGUACUAUCACUAAUAACUUCUCAUGUUUUAUCAGGCUGUAGAGUGCUGUAGACCUCACAGUAAUUGUUUACGUGUCAUUGACUGUGACGGAGAGCAGUGACAGCGGUGAGCAGAGACGUCUGUGUUAGAUGUGUUAGUGAAAGGUUACUGAGUCUUCAACUUGCUUCUAGUUGUCCUCACUCUCAGUUGUCUCUGCUGUCAUUACAAACCUGAAGAAGAAAACAACAGCCCAAUCACAGCUCCUCAAGACCCCAAGUGGUAUCCCUCUGUAGCUGCCGUAGUCCCCACAACAUGCCCGAGGAGAUUCACAAGGCAGACUGAAAGCCGUUCUAUACAUUGUCUCGGAACAUGGUCGUACGCCUCCUUCAUUUUGAGACUGGGCGUCCAUUGCACUCGCAGAGCUUUUCAUUUCAAGGUGGACGAGUUUAAAAUGGGUUUUUUUUCUGACCUUAUUAGAUACAGAAGUUGAACUGAGAUCAUGAAAAAUCAACAUUUAUGUAAAUAACAUUUUGC